UUUCGUGAAUUCAUUUUCUCACAACAAAACUAUUCACGCAAGAAAUAUAUCUUUCAAAUCAGAAAAACUACAACAUUUGGCUGCUUGACAAUGGAGAAAAUAUGCAGAGUUUGCAUGGGAACGUCUCGGGCAUUCACAAACAUUUUCGAGGAAACACAAAAGUGCGACACUUGCAUUGCUGACAUGAUAGCCAAGUGCACCGGAUACGAUAUUAGGCAGGGAGAUUUACUACCAGAAAUAAUAUGUUCGAGCUGCCUUGAAGAUGCAGUGAGUGCAUUCAAUCUUAUAAAAACCUGCGAGCAAAGCCAUCAAUUAUAUUUCCCUGAGAUGGAAGCGGAAAUAGAAGAUCUCUGUGAAAAUCUUGAAUGCGAGGUUUGGGAAAAUUCUGUCAAUGAACGAGAGCAGUCCGACGGUGAUAAGGAUGUGGCUAUUCACACAAAGGAACGACCCUUCAAGUGCUCCGAAUGCCCGAAAUCCUUUCAACAAAAGUCCCAUCUCAACGAACACAUCCGUGUUCACACUGGGGAGCGACCAUAUAAAUGUACUCACUGUAGGAAGACUUUUUCCCGAGCCGGAGCCCUUCGCGAUCACAUCCGAUUGCAUACAGGUGAUCAACGUUUCCAAUGCUCUUGCUGCAAGAUGGCUUUUAACAAAAAACAACAUUUGGAAACACAUUUACGCACUCACACGGGAGAGCGGCCGUAUAAGUGUAUGAUGUGUGAUAAGUCCUUUUCCCAAGCUGGAACUCUUGGGGUUCACAUGCGCACACAUACCGGAGAACGAGCCUACAAAUGCUCGGAGUGCUCAAAGUCGUUUAUACAGAAAUAUGAACUAAAAUUACACAUCCGUACUCACACUGGGGAGAGACCGUAUGAAUGCAAUCAAUGUUCAAAGUCGUUUACACAACAUAACACUCUGAAAGCGCACAUACGAAGUCACUCUGGAGAUCGGCCUUUCCAAUGCUCGCGCUGCUCAAAAUCAUUUAAGCAAAAAUCUGGCCUUAAUGUUCACACCCGUACGCACACUGGAGAAAAUCUGUACCAAUGUGAUUACUGCGAAAAGUCCUUUAAACAAAACCACCAUCUGCAAAUUCAUACCCGUACUCAUACAGGUGAUCGGCCCUACUCUUGCUCUCACUGCUCGAAAUUAUUCAAGCAAAAGCACCACCUCACUCAACAUAUCCUAACGCACAUUGAUGGAGAACUGUACUCGUGUUCUUACUGCUCAAAGACCUUUAAACAAAACUCCUAUCUACAAAAACACACUCGAACUCACACAAAAAAAGUGACUUUAAAGUGUUAAAGAUGGACAAAUUUAAAAUUUCGCCACCUAAAGAUCAAAUUAUAUUGUGUCCACUGUUAUUCCGGACCUGGAAUACAUUUAAAGAAGGAAACGAAGCAGUCGAAGAUACUAAUAAUGGAAAGAUGCGUCGCACUCAUUUGCAACUCGAUAAUUUAUUAAGCUGUAAAGUCAGAAAACUUUAUUGCAUUGGUAGAUUUAAAUAAAAAUGCAUUAAAUACAAA